UAUUUUGUGUUAGAGUUACCUCCCGUUCUGGGUUUCCACCCCGACCGAGUUACAGUGACAAUAUUGACAAAGUUAUUACAGCCUGUUUAAUUCUUCAAUUGGUGACGAAAUCCAAGUUCAAGUAUGAUACUUGUUUGCCGAGGUUGUCAUAUCGACAGAUAAACUACCCUACGUUAUCUACAUGUAGAAGGAGAGAGAGGUCAUACACUAGAUUAACAGAUCAACACAGGUAUCGUUACCAAGAUGGAUUGUAACGGAAAUACCGAGUUGAUCCGGGGGAAGGAAGUAGUGUGUAAACUGGGAAUAAUUGCAGAUGUCCAGUACGCUGACAUAGAAGAUAGAUACAACUUCCGGAAAACACGUUUGAGAUUUUACCGAAAGGCAUUGACCUUGCUACAGCGGGCAAUCACGGACUGGAAAGCUGAAAAAGUCGAUUGUGUCCUUCAACUGGGUGAUGUCAUUGAUGGAUUUAACAAAGAGGAGAACGCUUCCGAAGGUGCCUUAACUACGAUUUUGGAGGUACUCAAAGCAUUUCCGGGGCCGAUAUACCACACGUGGGGAAAUCAUGAACUGUAUAACUUCACACAAGAAGAACUCAUGCGCUCCACUUUAUUUAGCGGUAACAUGCCCAAAUGUGAAUGUCCUAAAGGAAAAUCUUAUUACUCAAUCAACAUACACCGUAAGUUGAAAGUUGUCGUGCUGAACUGUUAUGAAAUAAGCAUGCUAGGGUUACCGGAAGACUCAUCUGAGUAUAAAGAAGCCGAGGCGAUAAUAAAGGGGAACAACCCUAAGGAGAAUUUGAACGAUCCGGAUGGACUUCAUGGAAAAUGUCGUCGUUUUCUAAAGUUGAAUGGUGCCUUAUCCGUGUCACAACUAGAAUGGCUAAAGGAACACCUCCGAGAGGCUACAUCAAACAGAGAGAAUGUUAUUGUUAUGGGUCAUUGUCCUAUAUUUGAACAAAGUGCAGACAACAUGGAUUUAUUAUUGAAUUGUACUGAUGCCAUGGACGUCGUGACCGAGUUCAGUGGGUGUGUCGUUUGCUACUUGGCCGGUCAUGAUCACAAGGGCGGAAGUAGUGUCGAUACUUCCGGUAUCCUUCACGUGACGUUUCCGGGAACUGUCGAAAGUAUGGAAUCCGAUUCCUAUGCCACAGCAUACCUUUACAACGACCGACUUACCAUCCAAGGCAGAGGGAGUUACUCCUCCUACGAAACUUUACUUCGAUUUCCUCUCCAUGAAAAUUAACUAUUUUUUAAUCAAAAUGAAACAAGCGUCAAUCAAUAUGCUAUUUUGAUACAUUAUUUUUCUUAAAAACAAACCCUCGUGUGAUAUCAUCCAGGACAGAGGAACUAACUCCUACAAAACUAUUUUACUCUUUCCUCUUUCUGGAUUUUUUUUAUUCAAAAUGAAAUACGUGUAUCUAUAGUUUCAAGGCGUGUUAAAUCAGUUUCUAAGGAAACUUAAUCAAUGUAUUAUUAAAACGUUAUAUUUUUCUUUAAAAUAAAGCAUGCCUCUCGUUUAAUAUAUAGACCUACAUUUGUAUAUAGACACAAAUUGUAUAUUUUACUACAUUCUAAUUUAUUUUGAAGAAAUCGUCCUUGUUAUUUUGUUGUUUAUGUAACUCGUAUGUCAACUUCCAUCUGACUAGAUGGACCCUAUCUGGUUAUGUUACGGAAUGGGGCGUGGCAAACUUUAUUUUGAUACACUUUACUAUAUUGUAUUGCUUUUAUAACGUUGGUGAUGAGGACUUCCGAUAGUAUGUACUUAUUUGAUGGGAGAAAACAGGUUUUAAACUGUGAAUAUUAAAAUUUUCUAACGGUA